ACUUGUCCUAAAUGGAAUCAAUAUAAAGCCAUGUUCAAGUGUUGAUUAGCCUUUCACAGCCCCAUCAUCAUCAGCAUCACUAUUUCCUUUGUUUUCGAGUAUGGCAAAUCUAAAUUUCAGUGCUCUAAGGGACUUACAUAACUCUGCUAAUGACCUCCUUCACUCGCCGACAAUCAAGCGAGCACUCGUUCACCAGGGUCAAGAGAAAUGGGUUCAUCAAGUAUCCGAAUCGUCUCUCAGGAUGUUGGAUGUCUGCGGCAUUUCCCAAGACAUUCUUUUGCUCGUCAAGGAACACGUCCAGGACCUGCAAUUCACUCUGCGCCGAGUGAGCACCAAUCAGUCCGAUAUCGGAACCAAGAUGGCGGUUUAUGACAAGUACUCGAAGAAGCUAAAGAAAGAGACUCUCAAGUGUUUGCAAUCACUAAAAUGGAUGAAAAACAAGCCUGUAGCCAACGACAUCGUAGCAGCCAUCGACGAUAAUCUGUCGAUGGUUGUCGAUGUGCUACAAGAAGUGAGAGUGACAUCGAUAUCCGUGGUGGAGUCACUGCUUUCCCUCAUUUCGAUUCCGUGGCUGGAGAGAAAAUCGGGUAAGGGGUAUUUCGGAUCGAAGUUCAUGCAAUCGAGUAGGCAGAGAUUUUAUGAUAUAAGCGAUGAAAUGGCGGUUCAGAGCGCGAAUAAACGACUGCAGGCAGUGGAAAUAACGAUUGAGGAUCUUGAAGCAGAGCUAGAGUGCAUAUUUAGACGUUUAAUCCAGACCAGAGUUCUGCUUCUUAACAUACUUACCAACUAA